CUCCUGGGCCGCCAGUGGUAUAACCGCAUUGACGAGAAUGUGGUCCUUGGGGCCCUGCCGCUCGAUCGCACAAUGAUCGAGACCUUGCAGCGCAGGGAGAAUGUUGCCGCCGUCAUCAACGUCUGCCGGAAGCACGAGUGGGUGGUGCCGGACCAUGAUCCCGAAUCGCUCUACAGCGAGCUGGGCAUUGCCUAUCUGUCUCUGCCCACCGUCGAUUUCCAGGUGCCGACUGUGGAGGCUGUCACCAGCGGCAUACAGGUAACGCGAUGCAUCAAGUCCAAUCCGUCGAGCGGGGUCUACAUCCACUGCAAGGCAGGCAAAGGCCGCAGCGCAACUCUCGGCCUAUGCUACUUGAUCUGGCGAUACGGCCUAGCUCCUCGCGAGGCCCAGGCCCGGCUGCUGGCCAGCCGACCGCAAGUC